GCUGCAUGGCGUAUAUUGGGAUUUGAGAUUCAAUAUAAAAAUCCACCAGUUGAACGCCUUAGUUUUCACUUGAAAGGAGAGCAAACUGUGAUCUUCUCAGACAAUGAGCCUCUUGAUUUUGUAGUUGUUGGGAGGAGUGUUAAAGAUAGCAUGUUUUUGGGGUGGAUGGAAGCUAACAAAAAAUACGAGAUGGCGAGACAAAUGACAUAUGCUGAAUUUCCUCAGAAAUUUGUAUGGAAAAAGGGUACAAGGGAAUGGGUUCCAAGAAAGAAAGCAUUUUCUAUUGGUCGGAUAUACUAUGUUCCACCAGGAUGUGGGGAGUCUUAUUAUAUGAGGUGUUUAUUGAACCAUAUUCGGGGAGUGACGUGUCAUGAAGAUUUGAGGACUAUAGGCGGUGUGUUAUAUAAUUCAUACCGUGAAACUUGCUAUGCUCUGGGGCUUUUGGACGACGAUAAAGAAUUUGUUGAUGGUUUUACUGAGGCAAGUGAUUUUGCAACGGCAUUUGCACUAAGGAUACUUUUCGUCGUAUUGUUGUGGUCGGAAUCCAUGAGUCGACCAGAAUUUGUUUGGGAGAAGUGUUGGAUAUACAUGGCAGAAGAUAUUCAAUACAAAUUGCGUAAAAAGUAUCAACAUCCAGGGUUUGUAAUGGACAAUGAUCAAUUGCAAAUGGCGGCAUUAACGGAGGUGGAGAUGUUAUUGCAACGACGAGGAAAGAGUUUACGUGAUUUUCCUCCAAUGCCAUAUCCAAAGUCAGACUCAACUUACCUUUCCAAUAAUAGAUUUGUUGAGGAGGAACUCCAAUAUGAUCGGCAAGCGAUGCAUCAAGAACAUAAUACCUUGCUUCAAGGUCUAACAGAUGAACAACGUGUUGUUUAUGAAAAGAUCAUGCAUUCUGUUGAAACGGAAUGUGGAGGGAUGUAUUUUGUUUAUGGAUAUGGUGGAACUGGGAAAACGUUUGUGUGGAGAACUAUAUCCGCUGCAUUGAGGUCCAAAGGGGACAUUGUAUUAAAUGUGGCAUCAAGUGGCAUUGCUUCUCUACUACUACCCGGAGGGAGAACCGCGCACUCGCGUUUUGCAAUUCCGAUCAGUUUGAAUGAAGAUUCAACUUGCAAUAUAAAGCAGGGUAGUCCUUUAGCAAUACUAAUCAGUAAGUGUAAAUUAAUCAUUUGGGAUGAAGCUCCAAUGCUCCACAAAUUCUGUUUUGAGGCAUUGGAUAGAAGCAUGCGUGAUGUGCUCAGAUUCACCAACCCAAAUAGCCUAAACUUACCAUUUGGUGGUAAGACAAUUGUUUUGGGGGGAGACUUUCGACAAGUGCUACCGGUGAUCCCACAAGGCAGUAGACAAGACGUUGUUAAUGCAACAAUUAAUUCAUCUUAUCUAUGGGGGGAAUGUACAGUUCUUAGAUUAACUAAGAACAUGAGGCUCCAAAAUGUCAGCAGUCCUGCAGAAUCCUAUGAUUUGAAGGCUUUUGCCGAUUGGAUUGCAAGCAUAGGUGAUGGAUUAGCUGGGGAUUUAAACGAUGGUUGUGUCUCUAUUAAAAUACCCGAUGACAUCCUUAUCAAAUACACCGGAGAUCCAAUUGCUAAGAUAGUGGAGGUCAUUUAUCCCGAUUAUCUGAAAUCAAGUACAGAUUUGAGUUACUUGAGAGACAGAGCUAUUCUUGCUCCAACCCUUGAUGUCGUUGAUUCUAUCAACGACUACAUGACAAGUUUGAAUUCCAAGGAAGUUGCUAGAACAUAUCUUAGUUCAGAUAGUGUUUGCAAAUCUGAUUCAACACAUGAUCUUAUAGCAGAGUUGCACACUACAGAAUUCUUGAAUAGUAUUAAACUCUCUGGUGUGCCAAAUCAUAAGUUAACUUUGAAAGUCGGUACCCCGGUCAUGCUUUUGCGUAAUAUUGAUCACUCAUUGGGUUUGUGUAAUGGAACAAGACUCAUCAUAACAAAGAUGUGUGAUCACAUCUUAGAGGGAAGGGUCCUCAAUGGUAUUAGUGCAGGACAAAAAGUCUUAAUACCGCGAUUAUCUUUGACACCGUCAGAUGUUAGGCUGCCAUUUAGAUUUCAAAGGAGGCAAUUCCCUAUUAUGACUGCUUAUGCAAUGACCAUCAACAAAAGUCAAGGCCAGUCACUCACUCACGUCGGUCUCUUACUAAAAAAACCAGUUUUCAGCCAUGGUCAAUUGUAUGUUGCCGUCUCAAGAGUUAC